UGCCACUAGGCCUGGUCUCACUUCCUUUUUUGUUUUGAGGUAGGAUCUCUCAAUGCAGCUCUGGAUGUCUUGGAACUUGCUAUGUAGACUAGCCUGGCCCCGAACUCACAGAUAUCUGCCUAACUCUGCCUCCUGAGUGCUGGGAUUAAAAAUAUAUGCCACCACAUCCAGCUCACCCUCCCUUUCUUGCUCUGGGUUCUUCUUGGGAUUGAACCUUUUCCAGGUAUUCCUACUUUCUGAGAUGCCAGGUCCCAGGCAGUAACUUUGGUUCUGAGUCUGCUUCGCCCCAUCCCAGUGACUCUGGAGCACCCCUGUCUCAAUCUCUUUUCUGUCUGCUUACUUUCCUGCCUGCUCAAGGAGGUCCCAAACCUCUCUGCCUGCACCCUCUGCCACACUUUCACCCCUCCUCCCAUUUCUUCUGAAAUUCCUUUUGCUUCACAGCACCUAUCGGAGCCAAGACUUGCUCUUAUGGCCAGCCCUGGGCCGCCUGGAGCUGGGCAGGGCCAGGAGGAAGAGGAGAGGGCAGGAGUCUCAGCAGGACAUCAAGCAGAGGUGCUGCAGCAGGCCCAGGAGCUCUUUGUCCUGUGUGACAAGGACGCCAAGGGCUUCAUCACUCGUCAGGAUUUGCAGGUGAAUCCCACAUCCAAGAGGUUGCUAGACACAAGGUCGACCUUAGCUGCUCACCUUGGUCCUUCUUGCCUGGUCAGGGUCUGCAGAGUGAUCUUCCCCUUACACCUGAACAGCUGGAGGCUGUGUUUGAAAGUCUGGACCAGGCCCACACUGGCUUCUUGACAGCCCGGGAGUUCUGUCUAGGCCUGGGUGAGCAGGCCCCAGCCACCCUCUUCAGGGCCCUGUGAGACCUGAUGUGUACCUCUCACAACUUCCCAGGCAUUCUGGUGCCUACAGAUAGGUGUAUGAUGAACUGUACCACCCCCAGCUACUAUACAGGGCAAUGGGCUGUGAGGACACUCUGGGUCGGGCUGCAGCGGGAGCGACCCGAGCUGUUGGGUUCUCUAGAGGAAAUUCUGAUGCGCGCAUCCGCCUGCCUGGAGGCGGCGGCCCGGGAGCGCGACGGUCUGGAGCAGGCACUUCGGAGGCGGGAGAGUGAACACGAGAGGGAGGUGCGCGGACUGUAUGAAGAGCUGGAGCAGCAGCUUCGGGAGCAGCGACAGCGCCGGCAGAGUCAGAACCCACCCCGGGAGGAAGAGAGGGGCCACCUGGAGCUGGAGCUGCAGACCCGAGAGCAGGAGUUGGAGCGCGCAGCCCUGAGGCAGCGAGAGUUGGAACAGCAGCUGCAAGCCCGGGCUGCAGAACAGCUAGAGGUACAAGCCCAGCACAUCCAGUUGCAGAGGGCCUAUGAGGCCUUACGGGCACAGCUGGACCAGGCGCAAGAGCAGCUCAUCCGACUGGAGGGCGAAGCACAGGGUCGUCAGGAGCAAACCCAAAGAGAUGUGGUUGCUGUCUCCAGGAACAUGCAAAAAGAGAAACUCAGCCUCCUAAGGCAGCUGGAGCUGCUGAGGGAGCUGAAUCUGAGGCUUCGAGAUGAGAGAGAUGCCUGUGAGACUAAGCUGCUGGGCAGUAGCCACAGGAAGGCUCUAGCUAUCGCCCACAAGCCGGGACCUAUCUACUGCUGCUGUUGUUGUGGCUGGGCUCGGCCCCCCAGACGAGGCUCUGGCCAUCUUCCUAGUGCCCGAUGACCAGCCAGCCACCAAAUGACUCACUUCCUUAUCCAGAGGACUAUUCUUAGGAGGGGAUUGGUCUUGGGUGGCGGUUGCUUGCUAAGUAUGUAGCUCUACCCAGAAAGCAUCCCAUGCCUGAAGGAACUAACCCUCAGAGUGGUCAGGUCUUCAGUCUUUAUCCUGUCUUCCUUAAUCUUUGUCUAAAGGACCAAUAAAGGCCACUGUAUACUGUG